AUGGAUGGAACAAACCAAACAGCAGUGACAGAGUUCAUUUUUCUUGGGUUUUCUAGUGUUCUCUAUCUGCGGCUCACCUUGUUUGUGAUAUUUCUCACUGUGUAUCUGCUCUCCCUCAUGGGAAACACUCUUAUUAUUUUCAUUGUUCUCAUGGAUGUCGCACUCCAAACACCCAUGUACAUUUUUUUAGGAAAUCUGUCAUUCCUGGAGAUCUGGUACACCACAGCCACGGUGCCUAAGUUGCUGGCCACCUGCCUCGCACAGGUUGUUACCAUCUCUGUUUUUGGUUGUAUAACCCAGUACUACUUCUUUUUCUCCAUGGGAGCUACAGAGUGCAUCCUGCUCGCAGUGAUGGCCUAUGACCGGUACCUGGCCAUCUGCAGCCCUUUAAGGUAUUCACUUCUCAUGAGUCUUCGGGUGUGCCUGCAGUUUUCAGCUGGAUCAUGGAUUGGGGGCUUCAUUGCCCCUCUGCUACCUACUAUACUCAUCUCCCAUCUAAGCUUCUGUGGCCCCCAGAAGAUCAACCAUUUCUUUUGUGACUCAGACCCCAUUUUUAAACUGUCUUGCUCUGAUACAUUUUUGGUGGAGGCCUUGGGCUACACAUGUACAUCUGUUGUGAUUCUAAGUUCUUUCCUUCUCACUAUGUUUUCCUAUGGAUACAUUGUGGUCACAAUAAUCAAGCUGUCUUCCCAAAAAGCUCAGAGGAAAGCUUUUUCCACAUGUGCCUCCCACCUCACUGUGGUCACCAUUUAUUAUGGCACCAUUAUCUUUGCUUAUGUUCGCCCUCCAGCCAAGUACAACUUCACUAUUGGUAAAGUGAUCUCAGUGUUCUACUGUGUGGUCACUCCAUUGGUAAACCCUCUCAUAUACACCCUGAGAAACAAAGAUGUGAAGAAAGCUUUCAGAAAAAUUCUAACAAGAAAGAGAUUGCUUUUGACCAGAAAGAUGCAAUAA